CGAAUUUCUAACACUUGCACUUGAACGUGACGGUUUUCGCCUAUAUAAAGGCGUAAUCUGGUAGUCAGUCAGAGUAUCUAUAUCGGAAGUCCAGGAUAUGCCUCGCAUUGAACCCACUAGUACCGCCGCCAAUCCUUGUUCUAGUGAAACCCCUGCUAACGCUGAUGUUGAAGACAGAGGUCGUGUCUUUGAUAAUUCAAAACCCGAAUCAAUCUACCACAUGUUCUUCCAAGUAGCGGUUCCAUUUUCGAUAGCCGGCUUGGGAAUGGUUUGUGCAGGAAUAGCUUUCGACAUGGUGAAAAAUUGGAAGCUAUUUGUCGAAGUGCGAGAGACAUUCAUUCUCGUCCCAGCCCUCUGCGGCCUAAAGGGUAACUUAGAAAUGACCCUGGCUAGUCGGCUGUCAACAUUGACGAAUUGCGGCCAUAUGGACAAUUCGAAAAAGCGGAAUGGGACAUUGUUAUCCAAUGUGGCGCUGAAUCAAAUACUGGCUACUGUUAUUGCAUUAUUUGCUUCCACAUUCGCAAUAAUCCUGCAUUUGAUAACGUAUGGACAGCUGAACUGGGCGCAUGUUUGCCUCUUAUCCGCUGCGUCGGUAGCGACGGCUUGUUGCACUUCUAUGACACUCGACAUAAUCAUGAUUUUAAUUGUCAUUUUCUCGAGAAAAUGCGGGAUAAAUCCGGAUAAUGUGGCAACUCCAGUGGCUGCCUCUAUAGGCGACUUGACAACUAUUAUUGCACUGUCAAUGUUUGGAACGCUUUUUCUUAAUCAUACAAGUACAAAGCCAUGGAUUAAUAUUGUCUUCGUACUUGUUGUUAUAUUGAUCUCACCGCUUUGGAUACGCCAGGCACUUCGAGAUGACAGAACGAAAAAGAUGCUCUUCAAGGGAUGGAUCCCGGUUAUAUCAGCAAUGCUUCUCAGUAGUGGUGGAGGGCAAAUUUUGGAGAAAGGUGCUCUUGAUUAUGCGGAGUUACCUAAAUUUCAACCUGUUAUAAAUGGCGUUGGAGGCAACUUGGUUGCGGUGCAGGCUAGUCGUCUCUCGACUUAUUUCCAUCAAAAUGCAUUACCUGGUGAAAUUCCUAAUGGCUACAAGCUAAAACAUUUUUGCAGUAUCAAGCGAGCAUUCUUUUCUAGAGACAACGAUGCUCAAUCUGUUCGAGUCUUAUUAUCUUUGGUCAUGCCUGGACAUAUCAUUUUCAACUGUUUUUUAUACAUUUUUCGUAGUGAUUCUGCAGCACCUCCUCAAGGAAUCCUAUUUACUGCUAUGUACCUCACUGCAGCUCUUACACAGGUACUAGUGCUGCUCUAUGUCUGUCAGUACAUGAUCGCAGCGAUGUGGUCUUGGCGUGUGGACCCUGAUAAUGCCGCCAUUCCAUAUUUGACUGCUCUGGGCGAUCUUCUUGGAUCCCUUUUUCUGUUUUUAGUGUUUUUAUUGUUUGACAAACUUCACCUACAGAGGUUACAAGUGCCUUUGUUUUGACAUUUAAUGCAUGUAUAAUUAGAGUGUGAAAUUUGUAUGUUAUCAUAUCAAGAAAAGAU